UGCAUUUGCACAACGACUUCACGCUCUAUUGAAUCUUUCGGCAGAGUCAGACUCAUUAUGACACGCUCGUUCCCAUCUGCUAAUGGCACAGUGCCUUUCUGGCGCACUGAGCCACAGGAGUUGGACAAUUUCCAGUCCACGCCAAACCUCCCGGAAGAAAGCGACAUAGUGAUAAUAGGCGGAGGAUACAGUGCUGCGGCACUAGUUACGCACAUCCAGAAACAGUAUCCCAAUCACCCGUCGAUUUUAGUUCUCGAGGCUCGUCAGCUAUGCUCCGGGGCGUCGGGACGAAACGGAGGCCACAUCAAACCCGAUCCUUAUUUCCAUGCUUCCGACGUUGCCGCUCAAUAUGGACCGGCCGCAGGAGCGGAAGUCGCUGACUUCGAAGUUGCCAACUUGAAGGCCGCAAAAGAGUACAUUGAGCGUGAAGGCGUUGACUGUGAUUUUGUACUUACCAGGGCAAUCGAUGUCCAUUUCUCCAGCGCUCAAGAUACCAGAAUCAAGGAGCGGUUGCGUGGAUUCAAAGCAGCGGGAGUUGCUGCCGCCCAGGAGGUGUCAGAAGUGGCCAAAGACCAUGCCGAAAUAGUAUCAGGUGUAAAAGGCGCCCAGGGAUGCAUCAGCUUCACCGCUGCACAUCUAUGGCCGUACAAACUUAUCCACCACAUGUUCACCAAGGCGCUGAACCAUGGAGGUCUAAACCUACAGACGAACACACUCGUAAAUUCUGUGUCCCCCGCCCCAGACUCCCAAAGUGGCUGGGCGGUCCAGACCAGUCGAGGAACCGUCAAAGCCAGCAAGGUAAUCAUGGCGUCAAAUAGCUAUACGUCCAGUUUGCUCCCCGAGUAUAAGGAGCAAAUCAUCCCCUAUCGCGGCGUGAGCUGCCAUAUCACAACACCCGGCCCGGCACCACUCCUCGUCAAUACCUACGCGCUGCGCUUCAAGGAUUGGGAUUUCGAUUAUCUCAUUCCCCGGCCCGAUGGCACCAUAGUGGUGGGAGGCGCUCGCUCCGCCUAUUUCCGUAAAAAAGACCUGUGGUAUGAUAAUACGAACGAUGACGAGGUCAUAGAAGAGACACGCAGGUAUUUUGACGGGUAUAUGCAACGAAACUUUCGGGGGUGGGAGAAGAGCGGUGCUGAGGUCUCUGAAAUAUGGACUGGUAUCAUGGGCUAUUCCCGUGAUAAACUCCCAAGGCUGGGACCUGUACCCGACAGGCCUGGAAUGUUUAUCAUGGCUGGAUGGACGGGCCACGGCAUGCCUCAGAUAUUUUUGGCGGCGAAGGGAAUGGCGGAGAUGAUCGUUGGGGAUGUGUCUUACCGUCAGACUGGUCUGCCCCGUGUCUUUGAGGAGACUGCAGAUCGUCUACAGAAUGCACCGAAUAAGGUGCUGGAGUCGUGGUACCAGGCUACUCAAGGUCCACGGCUUUGAUAGAGACUUGAAAUAUUUCACUGAAGCUAGGGUCUUGGG